AAAAGACAAUAACCACAGAGAAAAAACAGUUUAAUCUUUUCACAAGCGGUUGUCUUAAACCUAGUUCAUGUUUUUGUUUCAUCUGAGAAUAGGAAUCUCAUAAUUCUAGAAUUUCUUGAGACAUGAACUCAGAAUCUGCCGCAGUUUGCCAUGUGGUGGCGAUGCCAUUUCCUGGAAGAGGCCACAUCAACCCCAUGAUGAAUAUCUGCAAGCUUUUAGCUUCAAGAAAACCUGAUAUUCUCAUCACCUUAGUCGUCACUGAAGAGUGGCUUGGCUACCUCAGCUCUGAGCCAAAGCCUGAUGAUUCCAUCGUCUUCGCCACCAUACCUAACGUCAUCCCAUCUGAGCGUCUAAAGGGUGUUGAUUUUCCUGGAUUUUAUGAAGCUGUGAUGACUAAGAUGGAAACUCCUUUUGAGCAGCUUCUUGAUCGCCUUCAUCCGCCGGCGACUGCUGUAAUUGGUGAUGUUGAACUUCGGUGGGCUAUUGACUUGGGAAAUCGAAGGAAUAUUCCGGUGGCUGCACUUUGGACCAUGUCAGCUACUUUCUUUUCCGUGCUUUAUCAUUUUGAUCUCUUCGCACAAAAUCAAGAUUCCCCACUUCAUUUAUUAGAAAAAGCAGGCCACAUCCCAGGAAUUUCUUCAUCAAAUAUGGAAGAGCUUCGAAAAAUCUUCCGCAGGAAUGAUUUACGAGUCUUGGAGCUUGCUCUGGAAUGCAUUUCAAAGGUGCCCAAAGCACAGUAUCUUCUGUUUACUUCUGUGUAUGAGCUUGAAACCCAAGAAAUGGACAAUUUAAAAGCAACUUUUCUAUUUCCUGUCUAUCCUAUUGGUCCUUCUAUUCCUUAUUUAGAACUACAAGCCAAUUCUUGUGGAGCCGGUAAUAGUACUGACUAUCAGAAAUGGCUAGAUUCCCAACCUGAAGAUUCUGUCUUGUACAUCUCAUUGGGAAGUUUCCUCUCUGUUUCAAGAACCCAGAUGGAUGAAAUUGCUGCUGGGCUCGACGAUAGUGGCGUUAGGUAUUUGUGGGUGGCUCGUGGAGAAGCUUCUCGGUUAAAGGAGAUUUGCAGUGAUAAGGGGCUGGUACUGCCUUGGUGUAAUCAAUUGCAAGUGUUAAACCAUUCUUCAGUUGGGGGAUUUUGGACACAUUGUGGGUGGAAUUCUACUCUGGAAUCAGUUUUUUCUGGGGUGCCAAUGCUUACUUUCCCUCUAUUCUUGGAUCAAGAUCCCAACAGCAAGCAAAUCGUGGAAGAAUGGAGAGUCGGAUGGAAGGUCCAGGGAGAAAUGGGAGAAGAAAAUUCGGUGACCAGAGAGAAAAUUGCUCAACUCGUCCAAAAGUUUAUGGAUUUGGAAAGCAGAGAAAGUAAAGAAAUGAGGAAAAGAGCAAGAGAUCUUAGGGAUGCCUGUCAACUAGCUAUCAGUGAAGGUGGAUCAUCUGCGACAAAUCUUGAUGACUUUAUUAGGAAUAUUUUGCAAAGCAACUGCCAUUAAGCUGUUUCUCUAUGUUUCAUGAUGCAAAACCAACGAUUUCGAGCAGGGAAUUGGUUCAAGUUUUGAAGCUGUAAAUGAAUAGCAUCUCUUGUGAAUUUGAAGUUAAAAAUAAUUGCUAGUUCAUGUUGAAAGCCCAA